UUUUGUAAAAUUGCUCAUAGCUCAUUAUUGAUUUUGAGAGCUUUUAGUAAAAAUGAACAAAUUUGUCAGCUGUAGCUCGGUAUGUACUGCAUUUUACUACUGUUUACAUUUACUAGGAUUAGCAGUAUUUAUUCCAGAAUGUAGCUUUAAAUUCUUCAAAUAGUCAUCAGAACCAGAUAAGUACAGAUCUUUUUUGUUUUGUUUUUUUGUUUUCAUAAUUCAACAAUUCCGGCAGCAACUCAUGGAAUAAUAAAACUGUCUAUCCCCUGCACGUUCCCAACAAUUCUCUGACUUAUUGCAGGUGUUAGCAUGUGAACAGAUCUUCAUCAGUUAAAUGGAAGGAGUGAGCGUCACUGCCUUUGUCACUUUACAGAAGAUCUACUAUCCCUUGUUGUGCGUCAUAGGUAUUCCGGCCAACAUUUUAACAUUCUACAUGAUCUGCUUCCGUAAGUGUGGGAUGUCAGACACAGCCAGCGUUUACCUGAGCUGCCUGGCCAUUGCUGACACCCUCUACAUAAUCUGGGUGAUCCUCAUCGACCUGACCCUCACCUUUUGGCUGCUGCAGCCUUUCUGGCAUUCUCACCCCUGGUGUGGCAUUCUGGGAUUCCUACAGUACGGAUCGCUGUACAGCUCCUGCUGGAUUGUGGUGAUGUUCACCAUUGAGCGUUACUUAGUCCUACGCAGUACCCGGAGCAAACAGCACUUCUCCCAGACCUGGGUUACAAAGAUGACCUGUACUGCUAUUUUCUUUGUGUCUCACUUGGUCUCUGUGCCACUGGGAUGGAUCAACCAUGUCUCAAACGUUACCCUCGUUGUUAAUGGACAAAAUGUGACUUUGCCCAGGUGUCAGUACCGUGAUAAAGUCUAUUCAACCGUAAUCGUUUGGAUAACCACUUUCCUUUCAGGGGGAGUCCCCAUCGUGUUGGUCAUCAUCUUCAAUUUCCUUAUUGGAUUUCACCUUUGUCGCGUAAGCAACCUCUUCACCAAGGAGGAGCGGCGUGUCAUUCACGGAACUUGCACUAGGGGUUUGUUGAAGAGGACCAUCCUGUUGUUGGGCACCGUCUCUGCAGCCUUUGUUUUCCUCAGCCUUCCUCGCUUUAUCACGUACAGCAUCCUGAGAACCCAGCACAACAACGGGAACUUCAACAGGAAUGACUACAGCCUGCCCAUUAACGUGGCCGGGGACCUGGCCAACAUGCUGCAGAACCUGAAUUCCACCACCAAUUUCCUGCUCUACUGCAUGGUCAGCCGCCGCUUCCGUCGUGAGCUGGUGCAAGCGGUGACUUGUAAAGCGAAACCGCACGAUCAUGGUUCUGUUCUCACCCAAACUACCUUGAAGGUCUUCUCAGUCCUGGAUCGUAAGGACUUCCCAUCAACCAAGUCUGUUACGGCGGAGCCGUCUAAUCUUAAAAAGAAGGAGUAACAAGAGUAAAAUUAAAAUUAAUGUUUAAAGAUUAAUAAUUGUAAGUUGGGUUUACCUCGGACCCACUACUAUCUGAGUUUGUUGUUGGAGUUGUUGGACUGUUAAUUAGGGACGUUCGAUAUUUUUUUUUACUUUGUGUUAACUUUUUGUUUGUUUCUUAUAUCCAAUAUUUUCCGAUUCUGUGUAAACCGAU